UCCCGAUCCUGCCAGUUCCAGCACCUGACGAUGCCAUCCCUGCUGCUAUUCCUGCCACUUCUUCUCCUAGGGACGACGGUCGCCGGGAGCUGGGGGAGAGGUUCAUUCAGGAAUUUGGUGGGCAUCAUGGGGGGUCAUGAUGCCAAGGAAGCUAAAUGGCCAUGGCAGGUGAGCUUGAGAAUUCAUGGAACGCACAUCUGUGGUGGCUCCCUCAUCCGCCAGCGCUGGGUGCUGACAGCCGCCCACUGCUUUGAAGAUUCCAAGGACCCAGAGCUCUUUCAGAUUCAGGCAGGGGAGCUGAGACUCUACACAGCCCCUCCUUCUGAGCUGAUUAAAGUGAAAAAAAUCAUCAUCCCUAACGACUACCAAACGAUCAUGAACGGUGGUGACAUUGCACUGGUGCAACUGGAAAAAAGAGUGAAUCGCUCCAACCUCAUCCAGACCAUCAACCUCCCCCCAGCCGGGCUGCAGGUCCAGCCAAAUGCCUCCUGCUGGGUGACAGGCUGGGGGAACGUCGGGCCGAAUGAAGCACUGCAAGCUCCCUACCCACUGAAGGAGCUGAAGAUUACCUUAAGUGACUUUGAGAAGUGCACAAUUAACUACAAAUACGUGGGGCUUGAAAUCCUAAAUAACGAGAUGAUCUGUGCCGGCUCUGAGGAGGGAAUGAAGGAUUCUUGUAGUGGUGACUCCGGGGGCCCCUUCGUCUGCAAAAUAGGCAGAAACUGGACCCAGAUCGGGGUGGUGAGCUGGGGAUUGAUUUGUGGUGUGUCCAGUUUCCCAGGAAUUUAUACUAAUGUAUCCCAUUACCAAGAAUGGAUAAAGCAGAACAUCCGGGGAAACUGAAGAGGUUUCCUCUAUCUGGCUCUGUACCAGCACAUCCUCACCGCUCUGCUGCUUCGAUGUUUCCUGAGGACCGCAAGACCCUACCUGUCUCUUCCUCCGGUUGCUGUGUGACCUUCCCCCAGCCUCCAGACCCUUCCUCCUCCAACCUCAGCUCCUUAUGCUGCCCAGACCUGGGCCUUUCUUUUCCUCCCAACCCCUCCUUUACAAUUCCUCUUCACUGAGCCCUUCCCUCCCUCCCACGAAGCCUCUUCAGGGUGGCCUCUUCUGGUGUUACACAAGCAGAUCUCAUAGGCUGCCAGAGUCAGUGCAAACUCCUGGAGGGCUCCUGGAG